AUGGCGCGCCUGGCCGUCCUGGCAGCGCUGCUUGUACCGCUCCAACCGGCGCUGGCUUCAUUCUACACAGUCACGUCGUACUUCGCCUUGACCGAGACUCUGUCCACCCGCUCAACGCGCACCUACACCUACACCGACACACUCACCCUCUACCCGACGCCGGCGACGGCCACACCAACCGCCCGCGCCGUCUCAUCUAGCACCUAUAUCAACACGUACUACGACGUCGAAAUCGUCAGCAUAUUUGUGGCAGCCAGCGACCUCCCCUCCUCCUGGCUCGCGGCUACCACCGAAGCGCGGGACAGCGGCGUCUUCACCAACUUCGCCGUCUCCGUGACCUGGACGGCGCCCUCGUCCUGCCCAACGCCCUUCACCGUCGAAACCAUUACAAACGUCAACAUUCCCAACGAUGUCGAACCCUAUUUAUCGGCGCCGACGACCGUCACCGCACUCAUGGCCGGCAUGACCGAGACAUACACUUACUACACCUACAUCCUGGACCGCACGCAGGUCCCAUCCACCCUGAUCCCCACCAACCCCACCUCCGCCUUCGACUACUCGUACUACGUGGCCAACUGCCGCAACCCGACCGCGACGUCGAGCUACACGGCCCGUGCGCCGAACGCCACCUCCGGAGGCGGCGGCGGGCGCUACGGCGGCGGGGACUGGUCCGGCGGCGACGAUGACGACUACUGGGACUCGGACUGGACGGCCUGCUCGGCGCUGACGGGCUGCGUGGCUCUGCGGACGUGGGUCAUUGUGGUGGCGACCCUGCUCCCGGCCAUCUUCUUGCUCGGCUUCGUCGAGUCGUACUUUUGGUUCCGGCGCAUGAUGCUGGGAAAGAGCGCGCUACGGCUGGGCACAGUCUGCUGGUGCCUCUUGUCGCUGUGGUUCAUCCUUCUUACGCGCCGGUCGCCGACGCGGAGUAAGGAGGAUCAGGUGCUGCUGAGGCAGUACUGGAAGACGUUGGGGUUCGGGACGAGGAUGAAGUUCUGGUUCAAGUAUGGAUUUAAGUGGCGGUAUCCGGUGGAGUUGUUGGGGAAUCCGGAUGGGAAUAAUCCGGUGGUGGUGGUGCAGCAGCAGAUGGCUGUCCCGCUGCCGGGGCCCGGGCAGCAGGGGGAUGGGGCGGGCGGAGGUGGGGCGGAGAAGACGGAGGGGGUGACGGCUCAUCAGCCCGUGUAUAUGCCGUACCCGGGGCAAGCCUACAUGCAGCCCAUGUCGGGCCAGCCGCUCCCUGGGCAGCAGUAUCCCGGGCAGCCCUAUCCCGGACAGGGGUAUGUGAUGAUGGCUGUGCCACCGCAGGGCCCCUACCCGGGACAUCAGCCGGGGUUCGUACGGGCGCCCCAGAUGGGUGAUGUCCAGCAGCAACAGCAGCAGCAGGGACAACUCUACCCGCCGUAUGUCCCCUCGCCCUCGCCAGCACAGACCAGUACCACCGAUGCUCCAACCAUGCAGCCGACCCCACCCCCCGACCAUCAUGAGGUGCAAGCGCCUCCUCCGUCUGGCCAACAAGAACAGCAGCAACAACCGCCGCCGGCCUCUCAUUAG